AUGUUUCCUCUUUCGGCCAGUUUUAGCAGAACACCAGGUGGCGUUUAUAACCAGGAAAUGGCAGAGUUCAAUGCUGUUACUACACGAGUUAAUGCUUAUUAUAGAAGAGAUCUUCCAAGAGAGGUAAACUAACUUCAUUGUUGACAUUUUGGAGGCGGCUGCGUGAAAGGAAACAAACAGAAGGCAAAUGUGAUUUUUAGGACCAGCUGUAAGACUACCUUAUCACCCUCGCCAGACUUGACAGGGAGUAACUCACAACGGCUUGUCGGUUCGGUUAUUUUGGGCCAUGUCAUGUGGAUGGGUUAAACAACUGUGAGCCCCUUAAAAAAUUUUAAUUUCCCCAUCACAUCCGUGAAAGAUGCCGAUCCGAUACCACACCGGGUGGUUGACGUGCCCUGUUCUUUUGACUUGACGUUCUGAUGAUUUUUUGGGGGGGACCGACCUCUUUGAAUUGAAAAGAUUAGAAUCAGAGAGAAGGCGUAUGUGGAGUUAAUUGUGGCACAAUAACGUGUGAGUUUCUGUUUUCAAAAGGUAUCAGUUUAGUGCUGUUUGAUUCUUGAAUCUUUUUAGAAGUUGUAUGAACGAAAAGAGGAUUUCAAUAUUCUUAUACUUGGAGAAACUGGAGUAGGCAAGUCCACCUGGAUCAAUGGAAUCGCCAACUACUCUAAGUAUAACUCCCUCAAGCAUGCCAUGGAUAAUCCUGAAUUCACUGUUUUAAUUCCCUCAAGGUAGAAUAGUUUUGCUAACACCCAAUAGAGAGGAGAAGUCCUUUCGUCACGUUGCCAUGGUAGCAGAAUUUUUGGAUGACAACAAACCGAUAAAGUCACUUAAAAGUCUAUUCGCACUAUUUUAAACUUCACCGAUCUUAUUCACUUUCAUUUAAUUUGGCAAAUCUUGGCGAAAUUUUCUUUGGGACCUAAGUUAUAUUAUCUAAGUUAAGGAAAGAAAGCGACAAUUUUUGUGUUGUGUUUACCUACUCCUGCUAUAAAGCGGGCUCGUGAAAUUAGGAAGUUUCAUGUCGGAGUGGUGUAACGACGGCAAAGAAAUGUACAAAAAAGCAUGAUGCACGUGCAAAGUUGUUGUUUUUUAAUAUAAACAUAUUAUUUUUUGCCGUUCCCCUUGCCGUCACCGUCGUCGUUGGUUUUGUUGUCAUCCAGAAAUAGUGCUGCCGUGGUAACAUGACGUCAAACUUCUCCUCUCUAUUGCAGGUUGUGCUACUUAGUAAAACAAACUGAAGAGCUUCUAUCACUUUUUCGAGUUAUCUAAUGUUGCAUUAUAGAUUGGCGAGGAGACAGAUUAGUCUAGAGUAUAAGAGCUGCGAAAUAAUACACAUUAAACACCUAGGCGAAUCCUUGCUGACGACAUUGUUUACAUCUUGUAUACAUGUAUACAAAUUAGCUUUGAAAAUUGAAAGAGAUUUAUCAUAGUUAAUUUGAGUAGUUUGCGCAAUUUUCAGCAUUUUGUUGCGUUGAUCUGUGAUUUAUUUUUCCGAUGCUAAUGCAGUCGAACCUCCAUGUGCUACUACCACUUCAACCAGUCCCAAACACCAAAACUUUUCCUGGUCAAAGCCCAAUGGUAAGAACUGUCUCGUGAACGAGACUGCGAUCAAUUUUUGCGCAGACGGUUUUACAGUUUUCAGACUUAACUCAUGGUCUGACUAAGGCAUGGUCUUUCGCUGUGUGGACUAAGCCACUCAGAUAAUUACGAAGAAUUUUAAAUGACACUCAACUAUUUAGAAAUUGCAUGCAUCUUUCAUAAAGAAGAUGUGUCGGGACCUCUUCCUCAGUAAAGACCCUCCGUGAGUCAGUUCUUCAAGCGACCAUCUCCCGUAGGCGACCACUAAAUCCUCGCAUCUUCGGUAUUCGCUUACGGGAGGUUCGACUGUAUAAAUCAGUCCAGGGUUUAGAGACCUCAAAAGAUUUUUGGCUUGCAAUGCAUUCAGCUAGGCCGGAACGCGGCAACUGUAGUUGACACUCACCUGCAUGACAAGCUUGGUAAGACCAUGACCGUAAAUGACCCAAUGAACGCCCUCUUUCAAAUGAACGACUCUUAUCUAUCUAAUAAACGCCCGCCUUUACGCUGUCAGAAUUGUUUUAGAUGCCCCUCUCUAAUUAACGCCCCCUGUAAUAGACGCCCCUAUGUAAAUAACUCUAAAAUACCAGGAAUUAGCAAAAAGGGGCAGAAUCAUUCGAUUCAUUCUAUUUACUUGAUUAACGAGGAUUGGCGGAUUUCAUCUUGUCGAAUGUUAAGUUCAAAGAAAGUACAGACUAAUGAUGGCAACAUCAACACUGAGCGAGGAUUCUGACAUCGAUGAAAGUGCGAUAUGGAUCUCCAGAGCGCCUAGACGUAUCUAUAUUAAAACUUCCUUAAUAUUUUCGCUGAUAUGGUUUUGUUAAGCUUAGCCACAGUUAUGAGAAUAAAUUAACGCCUAUCUCUUUUAAACGCCUCCUAUCUAUUGAUCGCGCCCACUUGGACCCCAAAAAUAAAAUAGAGGCAUCGG